CAGUUUGGACGAUCUACAAAAAAGAAUAAUGAAAGAAGUUCCGAAAUUAUGUGUCCAAUAUUUUAUAUCUAAAAUGAAAACCGUUAAAUACAAACCCAUAGAUGAGGAUAACGAUGAUUCUUUGGAUGAAAGCGAAGAUGAUCGGUGGGUCAAAUUGGUCAACACGGAAUUUCAAAAGUUUGCAGAGGAUGGAAGACUCUGUACAGAAAAUUUUAAGAAAGCAUUACGACUUAAAAAGUCAUUUUUUGGUGAGAGGUUCUUUGCACUGUUUGACACCGAUGGCAGCGGGGAUAUUGAGUGUGAAGAGUUAAUUAACGGACUACGCAUGCUCAAGAAUGGAACACCUACGCAAAAAUUAAAAUUUCUCUUUGAUGUUUUUGACGCAGACGGGAGUGGAACAGUGGACAAGUACGAAAUGCGAAUGGUUUUGAAAUCAUGUACGGAAGAAAGCUCACUGACUUUGUGUAACGAAGAUAUAGAUGAGUUGACCUCGGUCCUGUUUGAAGACGCGGAUGUUGAUAACAGCGGUGAAAUAACUUUUGAUGAAUUUCAGUCGUCCCUUGAAAAACAUCCGGGUUUGAUUGAUGAUAUGACGUUGAGUGCUACACAUUGGUUCGACAUUCAAAAGAGUAAUACAUGUUCCCAAGGAGCUCGGUAUUGUUCUAAAGUUUAUUGGGAACACAAUACUUCAAAAAUAGUAUUCAUUCUACUCUACAUAAUUGCAAAUUUAGGACUUGGUGCUUUUGCUGCCUGGAAUCACAAUAAAUCAAACGGGUUUUUAAUUACAGCGAGAGUCUGUGGAAUGAAUUUGAAUUUUAACUGUACUCUUGUUCUCGUUCUAAUGUUAAAACAGACAAUAAAUCUCGUAAGAUCAACGAGAAUUGGACGUUAUCUUCCGUUAGAUGAACAUUCAGUAUUUCACCAGUGUGUUGGAGCUAUGAUAGGUGUUUUUGCAGUAUUUCAUACAAUAGGACAUAUUGGGAACGCAAUCUUAUUAUCAAACGAUAGUGUUGCCUUGCUAGCAUGGAAAAUACUUUUGACAGAUAUCACAACGUUUGGGUUAAUAAAUGGAACAGCCUUCAUUACUGGAUGGAUAUUAUUAGUUAUCCUCCUUAUCAUGUGUGUUUUGUCGUACCCAUCUGUCAGAUCUAGGAUAUAUCAAGUAUUUUUCUACCUCCAUUUUCUGUGUAUACCAUUUUGGAUUCUAUUAAUAAUCCACUGUAAACAUUUUUGGAUGUGGAUUUUGGUACCAGGUACUAUAUUCCUAUUAGAACAGAUCUAUAGAGUCAAGUGGAUCAAACAGUUACGUUACGGUGUAACAUAUAUAGAGAAAGUUACGUUACUGCCUUGUGGGGUAACUCAUCUUGAGAUAUCGAGACCAAAGACAUUUGACUUCCAGCCUGGCGACUAUAUGUAUUUACAGAUUCCUGACAUUUCACCGUACGAGUUUCACCCGUUCACCAUCAGCAGUGCGCCAGAAAUGAAAGACAGACUAUGGUUACACGUGCGUACAACAGGAAAUUGGACGAAAGUUCUGUACCAAUACCUAUCUAGGUACGAUCCUGGAGUGGAAUGUGAAAUUGAGGCUGAGACGCCUAUGAUGACGACAUUGCAGAAGAAACGAAAAGAACAUCUGCCUAAUAGACGAAAGUCGAUUAUAGAUAGAUUAAAUGGUCUAAUGAUAAACAUAAGAAGAAGUGGAACAAUCGGGAGUUUAGAUGGGGUAGGUGAAGAAGUAGCAAGGCUAAAGAGAAUUCAAAUGAAAAUAAAAUCUGUCAAAAUUAGAUGUUUCCUAGAUGGACCAUUCGGAACAGCAUCACGUGAAGCCUUGACUACAGAACACGCCAUUUUGAUUGGUGCAGGAAUUGGCGUCACACCAAUGGCUUCUAUUUUACAAAGCAUUAUUCAUCAGAUUAAAAGAAACAAACGGAACUGUCCGAAAUGUACACAUUGUUGGUAUGACGAUAAUCAAGAAAAUAUUUUAAAGAUGAAAAAGGUAGAUUUUAUUUGGAUAAAUAGAAAUCAACGUUGUUUUGAAUGGUUUGUUCGUGUAUUAAACAACUUGGAAGUUGAACAGUCUUUAGCAGGAUGGGAAGAAGAUAAAUUUGUUGACCUACAUCUGUAUAUGACAGCUGCAGUAAAAAAGACGCAUAUGGAAGGAGUUGGUUUACAACUGGCGUUGGAUUUAGUACAUAAAAAGGAGCGAAAAGAUUUUUUUACGGGAUUAAAAACAAAAACUCAGGCAGGGCGACCUGACUGGGACAAGCUUUUUGGAAAGUUUUCUGAACAAAAUAAAGGAAAGAAAAAAGUUUUCUUCUGUGGACCAAAAGUAAUGUCCGAUACCUUAAAGGAAUUUUGUGAAAAAUAUUCAUUUGCUUUUGCAAAAGAAAAUUUCUAAUGUAAAACAUAAACUACGACAAAUCAUGGUGGUGCUCCUACAAAAAAAGAAAUAUGUAGAGAAAACAGACAUAACUGUAUAAAUACUAAGUAGUUGAGCAAAAAAAUGAAUUUAUAAAACCAUAUAUGAAUUGAAUACUGUCAAUUGUAACUGUAUUUACAGUGUAAGUGUAAAAGCUCAUUGUGUAUAAAACGCUUCGUUCGGUACUCGCAUAUAUGCAUGAACCUUUGAUUACUGUAUACGGGUAGACACUUGGAAUGAAGCAAUUUGAAAGAAACCAAUAUUUAGGGAGAUUUCUCAUGAACUGAUAUUUCCUGUUAUGUUUAUGUUUGUUUUGUGACUGUAUUGUAUUCUUGUACAUGCAUAUUAAAUGUAUGCAUGCAUUGUAUUAUUAUAAAAUAUGUUGUUGUGUAUUUAUAUUAAAUAUCUAUGAAAUGCUA